AUGAUCACUGGCCCUAAGACGUGCCUGGCAAUAUUCUUUGUCAGUUUUGUUGUUUUACUAUUUUACUUCUCAAUUGAUAAGCUACCACCAAGAGCGAGGUUAGAAUGGCACUCGUCAGAAAAUCCUUCAGUCGUAGGAAAAUGGGAGCCAAGUGUUCCUGUUCCCCUAGUCCCUGUCGCUGCGGCAGUUUUGGGCCAUACAGGAGAGGUUCUUUUAUGGUCAGCGGAUAACCCAGGCUCAUUUGGAAACCAAGACCGGACGGUCUCCGCCUUGUACAAUCCGAAAACAAGACUGGUAUCCAGCAAGAUAGUCUCUGAGACCGGACACAACAUGUUUUGCCCCGGUCUAUCACUCAACGUGUUGGGUGAUGUGUUUGUCACCGGAGGGAGCACAUUCAAUCACACAACCAUCUACCGCUCUGCAAAUCGGUCUUGGGAAGCCGGUCCAGGUAUGACCACCGGCCGUGGCUAUCAUGCACAGGCUACACUCUCAAAUGGAAAGAUAUUCACCAUUGGGGGCUCUUGGUCUGGUGGAGUGUUGGACAAGAACGGCGAAGUAUUUGAUCCAACAACGCAAACUUGGGUGUCUCUACCUGGUUGCCGGGUGGAACCAAUGCUCACGGCCGACGCCAGGGGUGCAUUUUCUGCAGACAAUCACCCUUGGCUUUUUGCAUGGAAGAACGAGUCUCUAUUCCAGGCAGGUCCGUCUACGGCCAUGAACUGGUAUGGAACCGGUAAUGCAGACUCUCUGGGUAGUCAAUCCCCAGCGGCUUUCCGCGGCCACAACAACGACGCAAUGAAUGGCAACGCGGUCAUGUAUGAUGCGGGCCGAGGCAAAAUACUCACGUUAGGCGGAGCGCCCAGUUAUGCAUACUCUUCUGGAAAAGCUACCGUUCAUGAAGUGACAAUCUCAGAGCCAUUUGGGAAUGUUAGCGUGGAGGAGCUUCAACCUAUGCAUGCUCCUCGAGCCUAUGCCAACAGUGUGGUGCUUCCUACAGGAGACAUUUUCGUGAACGGUGGAGCAACCUACGCGCUACAAUGGACCGAUGUCAACGCAACGUGGUAUCCUGAGUUAUGGAACGCCAAAACAAAAAGGUUUGAGCGUCUUGCACGCAUGACAACUCCUCGAACCUACCACAGCGUUGCAGUUUUGCUUCCCGACGCUACUGUGUUAACAGGUGGAGGGGGGCUCUGUUGGGAGCCAUGCGAGGACAUACCUCAAUGGGAAGCGGGAAGCGACCAUUACGACGUUCAAGUGUUUAAGCCUCCUUAUCUUUUUGAGCCAAAUGGGGACACUCUAGCUAGGAGGCCAAGAAUUUUGACUGUAUCGAACACAGAGGUGGCAUUGGGCGAUAACCUUAUAACGCAGACGGAUAUAAACGUGUUAGAGUUCACUUUAAUACGUUAUAGUUCAGCUACUCAUUCAAUCAACACAGAUCAGAGGCGGAUAGUACUGGAAUUUCUGCCCAGAGCUAGUUCUCCAAAGCUCGGUUGGAGCUACGAAGUUAAGAUACCGCUCGAUCCUGGGAUAGUCGUGCCAGGAUACUGGAUGUUGUUCGCGAUUACGUCGGAAGGAGUGCCUAGUAUGGCAAAGACUUUACUACUUCGUAUAUGA